AUGCGCUCUUUCCUCACUUUUGGUAUAGGCGUUUUCGCCAUCACGGUCUCUGCUCAGUUCCAGAACAGCACCAACACCACCGUGCCUACGGCUACGACGUUGAACGGGACAUACUACGGAGUUCACCAUUCGAACUGGCAUCAGGACUUCUUCGAGGGUAUCCCCUACGCGCAGCCACCCACCGAAAGCCUGCGUUUCCGCGAGGCUCAGUCACUGAACACGUCUUGGACUGGACAGAGAAAUGCGACCGUUCUUGGAUCCAUGUGCUACGGCUACGGGGCCACCCAGAUGGUCCUGGGCCAGUUCAUCUCCGAAGACUGCCUGACUCUCAACGUCUAUCGCCCCUCCAACGUCUCCUCAUCCAAGGGCCUGCUGCCGGUCGCAGUCUAUAUCCACGGCGGUCUAUUCGAGCAUGGAACCGGGAGAGAUCCACGGUACAACAUGACCUCUCUCCUCCAGGUCGGUGUGCAGAACGGGAAGGAGUUCAUCGGGGUCACGCUCAACUACCGUCUUAGCUACUGGGGCUUCCUGUAUGGAAACGAAGUUGCUAACGAGGGCGUUGCGAAUCUGGGUUUGAAGGAUCAGCGCCUUGCUCUCCGGUUCCUGAAGGAGAACAUUGAAGCCUUUGGCGGCGAUUCCGAGAGGAUCACCAUUUGGGGUCAGGAGGCCGGUGCUUUCAGCGCUGGGCUUCAGCUCCUCGCGUACGGUGGCCGGGAUGACGGCCUCUUCCAGGGUGCUAUCCUGCAGAGUGGCAGUCCGACUCUGAUGUGGCCGUCCGUUACCGCCGAUGAAUGGCAGCCUCUUUAUUACCAAUUCGUCAACGCGACCAACUGCUCCGCCUCGAUGAAUACCCUCGACUGCCUGCGCAAUGUUGAUUCCGACGUUCUGUCGAGCGUUUUCGACAGCGACAUAACUACGGACGACCACCCUAACCCCGUUGUCGAUGGCGACUUCAUUCAAGACCUCGGGUCCAAGGAGAUGCAGGCUGGACACUUUGUGCGAGUGCAGUUGAUACUCGGAACGACUCGCGAUGAAGGCACUUGGCAGCACUUCGUUGUGAAGAACAUCAACACGACGGAUGAGUUUCAGAACAUGUGGGCCGGGAAUGAUGUCGACGUCUACUCAUACGUCUACGACGUCUUGUUCCAUGCACACUGGUGGCAGACCGGUUCUCAGGAACAAGACGACAUCGCCUUCCUUUUCCACAACGUGACGCUAUCCGAAGCUCUCAGCCCCAGCGAUCAAGCCGAUCAGAAGGACACUUUUGAGCCGUUGAGUUACCUGAUGUGCAGCAUGUGGAUAAGCUUUUUCCACACUUUGGACCCGAAUAACCAUCCGGUGAACGGCACCAAUGUUUGGCCCAAGUAUAAUGCCAACAGCCCCGAAAACUUUGUCUUCGACGUCAACGCUACCGAGUUGAGUCCCUCUGAGACGGACGAUUUCCGCAGUGAAGCUAUCUCAUACUGGAUUGAUUUGUUCAGCACAAACGAGUAUCCGAAGUAA